UCUCGAUCAUAGAACAAGAAGAAGAAAGAAAUGGGAGGAUCUAGGGUUUAUGCGCUUGAGCUUGCGGAAGAAAUGGCGGCUCUCUCCACAGAGGAUGAUGAUCGCCGAGGCAGAGGCGCAAGAUCAUCAUCAAUCUCCAGCUCCUCCUCCUCCGGCGGCGACGCCUCUGGCCGAUGCCUCCGUCUACGCAUCGCUGCUGCGGCGAUGCGGCGACGCCGGCGCCAUCGCCGAGGGCCGCCGCGUCCACGCCCACAUCGUCAAGCACGGCUUCGAUCGCGAUAUCCUCGUCGCGAAUUCGAUCAUCCAGAUGUAUGGGAGCUGCGGCUGCGUCGACGAUGCCCGCGCGGUCUUCAAGAGCAUCGAUGCCGCCGCCGUCAGGAACGUCUACACCGACACGAUCAUGCUGGUGGCGCUCGCGCAGAACGGCCACCUCCAGGAAUCGCGGGCUCUCUUCGAUUCCAUGGUGGACAGGAGCUCCGUGUCGUGGAACGCGAUGAUCUCGGCCUACGCCCAGAGCGCCCAGUUCGAGGCGGCGCUCCAUCUCUUCCGGCUCAUGAAUCACGACGGAUGCCUCCCCGAUCGGAGCACAUUCGUGAAUGCGCUGGGCGCUUGCUGCGAGCUGACCGCGCUCCAGUUUGGCCGGAUGAUCCACGCCCAGAUCGCCGAGAGUGGGCUGGAGCGCGAGUGCAUGGUCGCCACCGCGCUCAUCAAUCUCCACGGAAAGUGUGGCAAUCUGGAAGGUGCUAGAGCCGUGUUUGAUCUCAUGGAGGAGAGAACCAUCAUCUCCUGGACCGCGAUGAUCACGGCAUACUCCCAGAACGGGCAAAUCGUCUUGGCGCGCCAGUUCUUCGAUCGGAUGCCUCACUGGUGCGUGAUCUCGGGAAACACUCUCAUCUCCGCGUACUCCCGCGGGAGAAAUCUCCGCGAGGUCCAGUCGGCGUUCGAUCAGAUGCCAGUCCACGACACCACAUCGUGGAACCUGAUGAUCGCAGCAUUUGCCGAGGCCGGGCAUUCGCAGCACGCGUUCGAUCUCUUCUUCGCGAUGCCCGGCGGGCGCUGCGUCGUGUCGUGGACGACGAUCCUCUCGUCGUGCUCGCAGAGCCGGCGCCUGGACGACGCGAGGGCGAUCUUCGCCAGGAUGCCGCAGCACGACCCAAUCUCCUGGAACGCGAUGAUCUCUGCGCUGGGACACAACGGCCGGAUCCGCGAGGCCGAGGAGCUCUUCGCCUCGCUGGCCGUGAAGAGCGUCUCGUCGUGCAACGCGAUGAUCGUCGCGUAUGCAGAGAGUGGGAAUCUUGAAGAUGCGAGGCGGAUCUUUAACGGGAUGAUGGACAGGAGCCCGGCGACGUGGGGGAGCAUGGUUCUAGCAUAUGCCCAGAGCGGGCAUGUCCGCGAGGCACAGCGGCUCUUCCACAGUAUGCCCGUAAAGGACAUGGUGGCAUGGAACUCCCUCAUGACGGCCUUCUCCCGGAGCGAGGACGAGGACGAGCGACGCGAGGCUUUGCGCGUCUUCGGUGCGAUGGAGUCGCCGAGCUCCGGGCUGGUCCCCAACGAGCACAGCUACAUGGCGGUGCUGGAGUCCUGCGGGAAGCUUGGAGCUCUCGCGGAGGGGCGCGAGAUCCACGCCAGGAUCGCCAAGCGCGGCUUUGAUGCCUGCGAUCUCGUAGCGGCGAGUUUGAUCGAGAUGUAUGGGCGGUGCGGCAGCGUGGACGAGGCGGUCGCGGUGCUGGAUCAGACGCGAUCGCUGGGGCGCUCGGUGUGGAGCGCGGCGAUCUGCGCGCUGGGACAGAACGGGAUCGGGGGUGCGGCGCUGGGGCUGCUCCAGAGGAUGCAGCUCCAGGGGAUCGAGGUGGACGCCAGUAGCACUUUCGUGAGCUUGCUGGCAGCGUGCAGCCAUGGAGGGAUGCUGCGCGAGGGAGUGGAGCUGUUUCGAUCCAUGGUGGGCGAUUUUGGAGUGGAGCCCGUGUUGGAGCAUUUCUUGUGCCUGGUGGAUCUGCUGGGGCGGGCGGGGCAAUUGGAUCGAGCGCUGGAGCUGGUGACGAGCAUGCCAUACCAGGCGGAUGCUGUGGCUUGGGUCAGCUUGCUCAGUGCUUGCAGUGUCCAUGCUGAUAAGGCGAGAGGGGCGCUUGCUACUUCGAGCUUGCUGGAGAUCGACAGAAGCGAUGCCGCUAGUUACUGUCAGUUCGUUUUCUUGUAACUUCCCAUUCUUCAUUAGUAUAUAAACAUAUCCAGCAUUUGUUAUAUA